AUCAAGGCGACUGGCUGUUGUCUCCACAAUGAAGCUCACCACCUAGUUCGUAUUGUGAGACAAAAAUGAGAAUUGGUUAUGUCGUAAAACACGUGUAAACACCUUUACUACAAUGCUUUUUAGAUUACCGAAUGUGACUUUUAUUUUUAUUUCGAUUUUAUGUUAUUUUUUCUGUGGUUCCAUAGGGAAACCAGGACCUAAUACUAAAGAGGGCUCAAUAUGCCCACAAAGACAAUUUAGUUGUGCUAAUAAGAAGUGUAUUCCUAUAAAUUUUCAUUGCGAUGGUGAGGAUGAUUGUGGUGAUAAUUCUGAUGAGAAUCCCAUUGAAUGCCAGAAAAAUGUGACUUGUAGUAAAAACGAAUUUAGAUGUGGCAAUGGCAAGUGUAUUCCUGGCCACUGGCAGUGUGACAAUGAUAUUGAUUGUAGCGAUAACAGCGAUGAGGAUGAACACAUCUGUCAACAAAAGAAAUGCGGCGCAGACGAGUUUACUUGUAAGGCCUCCCCAGGAGAAUGUGUACCACUAACGUGGAUGUGUGACGAUAACCCAGAUUGUUCAGAUGGCAGUGAUGAGAAAUCUUGCAAUGAGACUUGUCGUGCUGACGAGUUUACAUGUAAAAACGGGAAGUGCAUUCAAAAGAAAUGGGUUUGCGACGCUGAUAACGAUUGCGGCGAUAAUUCUGAUGAAGCAGAUUGCCCCGCUGUUAGCUGCGCACCAGAAUCCGAAUUCCAGUGCAGCGAGAAAUUUUGCGUUCCGUCUAGGUGGCGUUGCGAUGGCGAAUAUGAUUGUCUUAACGGAAAGGACGAGCAGGGAUGCCCUCUCCGUCCUCACGCCUCAGUUUGCUUAAAUUCUGAGCACGAAUGCAACGAUCAUUUAACUUGCAUCCAUAAAAGCUGGCUCUGCGACGGUACCAAAGAUUGUCCCGAUGGUUCAGAUGAAGAACCUUCUCAUUGCGCCAAUAUCACUUGCAGACCUGACCAGUUUCAAUGCACAGAUCGUUCUUGUAUCGCAGGAGCGCUGUUAUGUGAUGGCCACCCGAACUGCAUGGAUGGAAGCGACGAACGCGAUUGUGGCAAACCCGCUGCAAUUUGUGACCCAAUCACUCACUUCUCUUGUGGUCCUGGGGGCCCGUGUGUCCCACUAAGCCACGUUUGUGAUGGUAAACCUGAUUGCCCCGCUUGGGAAGACGAACCAAGAAACAGCUGCGGAGUCAAUGAAUGUGCUCAUGACAAUGGAGGUUGUGCCCAUCGCUGUGUAGAUACUCCUGCAGGAUUUCGAUGCGAAUGCCGUCAUGGAUACGCCCUCACCCAUGAUAAUCGUACCUGCAAAGAUAUCGACGAAUGUGAGAUCGAAGGAAGUUGUUCGCAGAUUUGUCAUAAUGAAAAGGGCGGUUUCAAAUGUGAAUGCAUGGCUGGUUAUGCCAGAGAUCCUCGAGACCAUACCAAGUGCAAAGCUGUCGAAGGUCAUGCAUCGUUGUUAUUUGCCAGACGUCGCGACAUACGUAAAAUCUCCUUGGACCACCACGAGAUGACCAGCAUUGUCAAUGAAACAAACUCUGCAACAGCUCUGGAUUUCGUCUUCCGGACUGGUAUGAUUUUCUGGAGUGAUGUUGCUGAUAAGAAAAUUUACAAAGCUCCUAUUGAUGAAGGCAAUGCUAAAACAGUAGUUGUGUCAGAUGAAGUAACUACUUCUGACGGUUUGGCUGUCGACUGGGUAUAUGAGCAUCUCUACUGGACUGACACUGGCACGAACACCAUUUCUUUAGCCAACUUUGAUGGACAGAUGCGAAAAAUUUUAAUCCGUGAUAAUUUAGAAGAACCUAGAGCCAUUGCUGUUGAUCCUCUUGAAGGCUGGAUGUUCUGGACUGACUGGGGACAAGAACCUCGUAUUGAACGUGCUGGCAUGGAUGGAACUCAUAGACAAGCUAUUGUAACUUAUGAUGUCAGGUGGCCCAACGGUUUGACGUUAGAUCUUGUUAAAAAGCGACUUUAUUGGGCUGAUGCCAAACUCAACACUAUCUCUGCUUGCGACUGGGAUGGCCAAAAUAGGAAGCUUAUUUUGUUUUCUGCAAACGCUUUGAGGCAUCCAUUUUCUAUAACCACAUUUGAGGACUGGCUUUAUUGGACAGAUUGGGACAGAGCAGCAGUAUUCCGUGCCAAUAAAUUCACCGGCAAAGAUCUAAGUCCCAUUACUGCAACAGAGAUGGUUUUGAAUCCAAUGGUUAUUCACGUGUACCAUCCAUAUCGUCAGCCGGACGCUGAAAAUCACUGUCAACCUGUCAACGGGCAUUGUUCUCAUUUAUGUUUGCCUGCUCCCCGUGUCGGAUCCAGAGCACCAUUCAUCUCGUGCGCAUGCCCAGAAGGCUUGAGAAUGCUCUCCGAUGAAAUAACGUGUGUCCAAGACGAGUCUAUUACAACAAGUACACCCUCACAGUCUAAGCCAUAUUCACCGCGAGUGGGCCCCUUCCCAGAGAGCACGACAAGUCGAUCUAAGAACGUCCCUGGUGUGUCUACCCCGGAAUCCCUUGAUAGUGGAGGCGUGGCAUAUUGGGCCAUUACAGUACUGGUAUUUUCCAUCUUACUUCUUGCACUGGGUGCCUAUAUGUUAUAUAACCGUCUGAAACAUCGCAACGUGACGUCAAUGAACUUUGACAAUCCAGUAUACAGGAAGACAACGGAAGAUCAAUUUUCACUGGAGAAAAACAAUUAUCCCGUGAAGCACUAUCCAAGUACCGUCGGUGAAGAGGCUCAAGAACCACUGAAAAAUAAUCACGACCCAGUUUAAAUGAUCUUUAUUUCUAGAAAAUGCUCAAAAAAUUGAAAUACUCCAACAUUUCUCUUCAUAAGAGAUUAUUUUUAGCAUGGCAUUUUGUCACACUUUAAGCAAUUCUUGUAGUAUUUGAGACAGGAUGAGGUUUCCUAACAGUUUUUUUGAUUGGUUUGAUAUUAGAAUGAUUAGUCUAGACGAAUCUUACAGGCACUAAUAAAUGUUAAAAGUUUGAUCAAAAAAAUUAACAACUAUUAUAAUGCCAGUGCCAUUUUUUCUAAAGAUUUUCGUAGACUAGUGGUAAAUAGGGAUAAUGUUUUUGGUGAAAAUAAAAUAUCUGUAGAGCUUUA